UGUAAAAUAUUAGGAAUUACAGUGAUAAAUGGAUGUACCACAUCCUAAUUAAAGUGUGAAAGUGUUAUCAUAAGUUUUCAUGCAGCCUGUGAAGCCAAAUAUUGACGACAAAAGUACGACAACUGUCAACGGAGUAACGUUCAAGAUUUAAAAUUACACCGUAUUUAGUGGUGUUUUUUGGAAGAUAUUUACAGAACAAACUACUAAGAUGACAACACGUCGGGAUGUGAUAAUGGCUAGAAUGAAGCAACUACAGGAAGAACUUAAAUUAGCUAAUGAGUUCAACAAAAAGCUCCUUCAGGAACAGGAGGAGAGUGAGCAGGAGAUUGAGCGUGUUGUAAGAACAAACACAAGCCUCAAAAAUCAGCUAGCCAAUCAAGAUGUCGAGUAUGAAGACCUGCAAGGACAACGAGAUGAACUCCAGGCAGUCGUAGAAAGGUUCCAGCAUUGCCAAGAGAUACAUGAGCAGGCAUUACAACGCAUCCGGGACCUCGAGCAGCAACUGCAGGAGUCGGAUUCAAAACGGUAUUGCAAGUAUUGCUCCGGGAACUCCGCUCCGGCUGAAAACAAUUUAAGUAUAUUUGCUGAAUUUAAUAGCUUCGAUUUAGAUGUGGUUCAUGACAGUGCACCGUGCUCCCCAAUGAAGGACCAUGUAGAUUUAAAGGAGUCUGUGCACUUAGAGGGCGGCAGUGAUCCCAGAGUGACAUUGAAGGGGUCAAAUAAAAUUAAAAAAUACUUAAAGUUAAGCAAAUUUAUAAAGAAAUCAAAGCUUUUAGUUAAACGACAAAAUUCUAUGUUUAAGACAAUACAGUCCAGAUGUAACAGUGUCGCCUUAAGCGAUGAACUUCUAAAUUGUCAACACCGACUCGACCUGACAGCACAGGAGUUGAACAGUCGCUCCGAUGAAUUGUACAAAUUAGAAUCAAAACUGAAAGACCUGAAUAAUAGAUAUGAAUUGACAAGUAAUGCAUUACACGAGUACAUAUCUUUUAUGAAUAAUGUUCUAGAUCCAUCGAGCGGGUACCCGGUGUGUAUGGACUCGCCUGCGCCUGCUCGGCGGCGCCCCGCCGCGCCGCACUCGCCGGCGCUCCGUGCCGCGCUGGCGGCGCCGGGGUCGCCCGCGCUGCGUGCCUUGUUCGCGCCGCGCCCGAGCCCCGCGCCCGCGCCCGCCCCCGCCGUCGCCGCGCCGGCUCCGUCGCCGCCGAGCCUCCUGCGGCUGGCUCUCGAGCGGCUGACCGUCGAGCCUGAGCCGCGGUCGCCGGCCCCGACACCGUCGAGCCUCCUGCGGCUGGCUCUGGAGCGGCUGACCGUCGAGCCUGAGCCUCGGCCGCCGGCCCCGUCGCCGGCGCGCGCGUCGAGCGCGGCGCCCGCCCCGGCGCCCGGCGCUCCGCGCGCUCGGAGCCGGGACCCUCCGCGGUCGACGGUCAUCUAUUCUGACGCAAUCGGGGCCGGCCUCGGCGUGCUGCUGGGUGAAUGUCUCCGGCAAAGUGUAACAAAUGUGUGCUUGCGUGGUGCCUCCGUCGAAUCGGUCGUGCGCCGCCUGGCGAGGGACAAGUUUGACAGUGGCACCACUCUGAUUAUACACCUCGGCGAUAGUGUGGGUGUGAAGAGAUCUCACGUGGGAUCCCUCAUACUGGCAACGGUGCCGGCCGCGCGGCGAGCGCCGGCGCGUGCGCAGCCUCCCCGCGGGCCGCCCACAGCAUUUAAACUGACGGCUGAGACAGCGGAGAGGCCCCGUGAGCUUAGACGAGGCUCCUAA